UGAAAAGAGGGCGCUCUUCACAUUUGUGUUGGAUCAUUUUGUGUGAGCUGUGAUUGUGAAUUUUCACAUGUGGAGCUUCAUUAAUUUUGUCUAAUUUCGAGAAUACAGUGAAGUUGUUAUUACAACAAAAAUGUCCAAACGGAAGAAGAGUCGUGCUAUAAUAGAUUCUGAUAGUUCCAGUGAAGGUAGUGGUUCUGAUUUAGAUGAGGAACUUCUCUCACUGGCCAAAAGGAAGCGCACUGAACCUGAACCUGAGUCAAGUCCGAAGGAGGUGACUACGACACAGUCAUCACAGAAGAGCGACACAGACUCAGAAACAUCCGAGAGUGAUGAUGAGUGGACUGUGGGUGGCAACAAGAAGAAGAGGAGGGUCAAGAAGAAGGUUACUCGACGGCGGGCCUCCAAGGCUCACUCGGAGGACUCAGCGCUCAAUAGUGACUCGGACAAGUCAUCAUUGGAAGAAGGUGAGGUUUCAGACUCCGACAGCAGCGUAUCCCUCUCAGCCUCAGGGGUGUCAGACAUCUCUGACGAGGAGCCACAAUUCAAGGAUGGCUAUGACGAGAACCUGAUGGGGGACGAGGAGGACAAAGCCAGGCUGGCUCAGAUGACGGAGAUGGAGAGAGAACAGGAGAUCUUUAACCGCUUGGAGAAACGAGAGGUUGCCAAAACAAGGUUUGAAAUUGAGAAGAAACUGCGGCAAGCCAAACGGGAGCGCAAGCGGCAGAAGCGAGACCGGCUAGCCAAGGAGCAAGGCAACAGCAGUGGCAGCCUGAGCAGCGCUGCCCGGCUGGCCUCACGCAGCGACAUCACCAAGGAGCGACGACGCACCAUCGAGGACAAGAAAGACCGCAAGGCGCAAGCCAUCCUGAACCUGAAGGCGGAGAGGGAGAAGAAAGAAAAGAAGAAAACUGAUACCCUUGUGACGAGAAGAGAACCUCUGAAAGCCAGUGACGUCUACUCUGAUGACGAUGACGAAGAUGAAGAAGAAGAGAAGAAGAACGAUGCUUCCGACUCGUCCAGUAGCUCAUCCUACGGAGGAUCUGAUGAUGAACGCAGCGAUGAGGAUGAAAAGCCAAGGGUAGUGUUCAUCUCCUCAAAAGAAGAACUCGCAAAAAUCAGGUUGUCACGGCAUAAAAUGGAAAGAUGGGUUCAUAUGCCAUUCUUUGCUGACACAGUCAUUGGUUGCUACGUGCGUAUUGGAAUUGGCUCCAAUGGUGGCCGACCAAUAUACAGAGUUGCAGAAAUCACAGAAUGUGUGGAAACGGCAAAAAUCUACCAAUUGGGCAACAACCGCACAAAUAAAGGACUCCGGCUGAGAUAUGCCACUCAGGAAAGGGUAUUUCGUCUGGAGUUCGUCUCCAAUCAAGAUUUUACAGACUCGGAGUUCAGCAAGUGGAAAGAAGAUAUGAUGUUGGGUGGUUUCCAGUUACCGACUACCAGGGAAGUGGAUGCCAAGUACAACCACAUCAAGAAGGCACUGAUGUACAACUACAAGGAGGAUGACAUAGAAAAGAUUGUUACCGAGAAGGAACGCUUCCGCAGAAAUCCUCGCAACUAUGCCAUGAAGAAGACGUCUUUGAUAAAGACAAGGGAUAUGGCGCAAGUGGAAGGUAGGGAGGAAGACUUCAAGAAAUACGCUCAGGAACUAGAAGAACUGGAGGAGAGGGCCGAAGAGUUGAAUAGGGUCCGCAACAAAAACGUCACUGCUAUCACGUAUAUCAACCAGAGGAACCGGACGCGGAACAUUGCUGAGGCUGAGAGAGCAAUGAAGGAAGAGAUCAAGGAGUCACUGAAUGCUAAAGCUGAUCCCUUCACUAGGAGACAGUGCAGACCUAUGCUGGUUACUAAGACUGCCAAGGACGAAGCUGUCAUGAAUUCCGAGCUUCUGAGAAAACUGGAAGAAGAACGAGCCAAGAACCAGCAAUCGAAUGACAUCUUCAAGGACGACAUCCUGAAUGCUCUGUCUCAAGAAGGCCUGCCAGCCAAGAUUACCGACAGGAAGGUAUCGGAGGAUCUCUUCCAAGCUCACGACUUUGACAUCAAGAUUGACCUGGAUGUCUCAACUUCAGAUUCCCGUCCCAUGGCGCUGAACUCCAGCUCAGAAUCUGGAGGUAAGGAGGGCGCCCCCAAGCGGUCGCUAAACCUGAACGAAUACAAGAAGAUGCGCGGCCUCAUCUGAUGCACGUCAUGACUGUUCGUCUGUUCAUCCCUGGGACUACUUCUUCUUUCGAGAUCAUAGUCUAUAAGUUUUGUCUAAAACCAACAACCUCAAUUAGCACUUAGAAAUCUCGGUAACCUGAAAAUACCCCUUGAAAAGUGCUUGUUGUUACUCCAUUUUAUCUGAGGCAGGUAUUUGAAAUGCGUGUUGGAAAUAAACCGGAAAGCAGUUUAGUUAACCCUCCUUAUGACACAGCUGUCACAAAACGUCAAAAAUCUAUCCACUUCCUCUCCCAUAGCUUCUGUACAGACUGCUCAGUGGUCAGCAACUGCCAGAACCCCCAUGGAUUAAACCGUAUAACUGUCAAAAACCUGUUGGAGAGGUUUGAUAGAUAGGGUGACCUUGAAUACUGGUACAACUUGCGUAGCAGCCAUCUUAGAUGGCAAUGCCUUCAUUUUGUGACUGAACUAAAUCCAUCAUUGACAGGCACUCAUCACCAGCGCUGACCCACCACAUCUAUCAAUGUCAGUCAAGGCAUGGUACCCUCAGUUUAACAAAACUACCACAGCCUGUCAAUUGUACCAAUAUGAGCCUAAUUUACAAAACUGUUAAACCUGGUAGGUUUUGAUGGAUAGGGUAUCCCAUGUUGCCACUGAAAGAAGGAGGGUUAAUGGUUGAAACUCUGCUGUAAUGUGCAGACCACAAGCAUCCUCAUUAUUCAAGGUAGGCUUUACUCUUGUUUGUUAAGACUAGCAACCCAUAACUAUUUUGACACUCGUCGUCGGCCAAUCAGAUUGUCUGUGUAGACUCUGUGACUCUUCCCUACACACUGAAUAUUCAUGUUCUUGAUCUAUGAGGCCAUUAUUCUGAAAGUCGCGAGGCUGAUGAAAAGAACAUCCCAUGUGUAAGGGACAUUUUUCUCUUCCGGUGUGAGGGACGUUUUUCUCUUUCUCGACAAAAAAGUCACUUCGGGUUUCGAGACAAAUGUUUGUACGUUUGACUGAUGCUGCCCUUUGGUAUAAUUACUGUACGCGAACACGUCGCGCAAAUGAUAAUGUCCCAUAAUUUUUUUUGAAAUAAGCAAAUAAUAUUAAAAUGAUUUACACAAUGUACAUGAGAAAAAUCAGGUUUACAGUGUUUAUUUUAAGUUUUCAUUUCAUUUUGGGCAAUUCUUUUUUUUGUGGGGGGAGGGAGGGGGCUGGAUUUACAUCAUAUACUAACGAUGCUUAUUUUUGACUUUUUCGUAAAAAAUUAACAUGUUGUACAUAAGUGUAUAAGUUUUUCGUGUAAAUAAAUGCAUUUUGAAAUUUGA